ACGUGCUUACCUGUGAGAAAAUGGAAGAAGCCUUUCCCGGCCGGCGCUGAGAGACCUUCCCGAGACCCUCCACUCAUUAGGUGCUGUGUACCUCUCCCCAUCCACCCCAUCUCCCCUCAGUGACCCUUCGUCACCUCUUCCCCGACCUUCCCACCAGCCCCCUCAUCCUGCUUAGGGAGGCUCUGAGCACCACCCAAGGCACAGUCUGGCCAGGCGACCCGGCCUGAGGGACUCCAGGGGAUGCAGUGAACAGCCCAAGCCCUCAGGCCUCCUCUGACCUGUACCUGUCCCCCUCUCUGGAGUCACCUCCGCCUUCCUCACCCCAGCAAACAGCACACCUUUCCAUGCUGGUGAUGCUUGUGGUUUUUCCCAACCCCAGCAAGCAAUCGUCUGACACCAGCUGUAGGACCAGCUGGGUGUCCUGCAGUUCAGUUCUGACACUGUCUACCUGGAGACAGCAUCAUACCCACAGGUGAAGGUCUCAGUCCUAAAGACAGUCUCCCCACUUCAGAUACCAACUGAAAGUCCAGGUUGUCACCUGUGCUUCUGACCGACCACCCGUAGGCUGGAGAUUCCCACUGGAGACCCCCUCUUUGGGUUCGAUUAAUUUGCUAGAUUAACUCACGAAAGUCAGAGAAACAUUUUACUUAUGAGAUCACUGGUUAUUACCAUGGACAUAAUUCAAGAACAGCCCGAUGGCAGAGAUGCACAGGACAAGGUAUGGGGAAGGGACACAGAACUUCCAUGUCCUCCAAGUCCUACUCUCCCCAAACCUCUGUGUUUUCCUGUCCUUUUGGGUUUUUAUGGAGGCUUCAUUAUAUGAUUGAUUAAAUCAUUGGCUACUGGUGGUUUAUUCAACCUCCAGCCCCUCUCUCCUCCCAGGAGGCUGGCGGCAUAGGACUGAAAUGUCCAACUCCCUAAUCACAGGGUUGGUUCCCCUGGCAACCAGCCCCAUCCUUUGCUUACCUAGGGGCUUUUCCAAAAGUCACCUCACUGACAUAACAAAGACACUCUCAAUGCUGAGGAUAUUCCAAGAUCUUAGGAUCUAUGUGCCAGGAUGGGAUGAAGAGCAAAUAUGUAUUUCUGAUGAUAAAUCACAAUAUCACGGUGCUGUUCCCUCCUGCCCCAUGCUGUCCCCUCUCCCUGGAAAGCCCUUCUCUUCCCUUCUUGCUUGGCUCCGUGCUUCUGCCCUUAGCCAGCAGACACCCUGAAGACCACCUCCCUCUGCUCCAUGGCCUUCUAAGCAGACCUCUGAGAUGCCACGGUGUCCAUAAAGACCAGAAGUUCCAGGGACCACUCUACCUGGCCGGUUCCCCCAGAGCCUGCCCGGUUCUGGGCACAGAGUGAGACGCUAGGGCCAGCCCAGCGUGCACGUGGGGCUUAAGCCUUUCACAUCCAAAAAGUUAGAAGUUUGGGAGGAAGAGAUGACACUUGCAACUUAUAUCUUUCUGGGCCAGUCUCCUGGGGGUAGUAAAGUGAUGCUGAUGAGGGCAGCCACGUCUUUACCCAGCCAUGUCUUGGCAGACAAACCAUGGUCCAAGAAAGGAGGUCAGGAGAGACAGGAGGAAAAGCAGACGGGGAGCGUUGGGCGUCGGAGGGCAGGUGCCGUCUGAAGUUACCCAACCAGCGCCAUGAUGAAUGACAUGAGUGACGAGGAGAGCAUUGGGGACGCUGUGUCAGCCCUGGGGAGGCUGACGCCAGUGCUUGCCCUGGCGACGCUGAUAGCUGCCUUUGGGUCAUCCUUCCAGUAUGGGUACAACGUGGCCGCUAUUAACUCCCCUGCCGAGCUCAUGAAAGCAUUUUAUAACGAGACCUACUAUGACAGAAUCGGUGAAUACAUAAACGAAUUCUCCUUGACCUUGCUGUGGUCGAUUUCUGUGUCCAUGUUUCCCUUUGGAGGCUUCCUCGGCUCCCUCAUGGUCGGCCCCUUGGUGAAUACAUUAGGCAGAAAAGGAACCUUGCUGUUCAACAACAUCUUUUCCAUCGUGCCUGCGAUCUUAAUGGGAUGCAGUGAAGUUGCCAAGUCAUUUGAGAUGAUAAUUGUGGCCAGACUUUUGGUGGGAAUAUGUGCAGGUCUGUCUUCCAAUGUCGUCCCUAUGUACUUAGGGGAGCUGGCCCCUAAGAACCUGCGGGGGGCCCUGGGGGUGGUGCCCCAGCUCUUCAUCACCGUCGGCAUCCUUGCGGCCCAGAUCUUGGGUCUUCGGAGUCUCCUCGCAAACGAAGAAGGCUGGCCCAUCCUCCUCGGCGUGACCGGGAUCCCCGCGGCACUGCAGCUCCUUCUGUUGCCCUUCUUCCCCGAGAGCCCCAGGUACCUGCUCAUUCAGAAGAAAGAUGACGUGGCUGCCAAAAACGCGCUGAGGGAACUGCGAGGCUGGGACGACGUGGACGCCGAGACACAGGAGAUCUGGGAGGAGGACAGGGCCGAGAAGGCCGCGGGCUUCAUCUCCGUGCUGAAGCUGCUGAGAAUGAGGUCCCUGCGGUGGCAGGUCAUCUCCAUCGUCGUCCUCAUGGGCGGCCAGCAGCUGUCGGGAGUGAACGCGAUAUACUACUACGCAGACCAGAUCUACCUGAGCGCCGGGGUGAGGGCACAGGAUGUCCAGUACGUGACGGCGGGCACAGGUGCGGUCAACGUGCUGAUGACCAUCUGCGCCGUUUUCGUGGUGGAGCUCCUGGGGAGGAGAUUCCUGCUCCUCCUAGGCUUCUCCAUCUGCUUCACCGCCUGCUGCGUGCUGACGGCCGCCCUGGCUCUGCAGGACACAAUAUCCUGGAUGCCCUACGUCAGCAUCGCCUGCGUCAUCUCCUAUGUCAUAGGACAUGCCCUUGGGCCCAGUCCUAUCCCCGCACUGCUCAUCACCGAGAUCUUCCUGCAGUCCUCCCGGCCGGCCGCCUACAUAGUGGGGGGCAGUGUCCACUGGCUCUCCAACUUCACUGUGGGCUUGAUCUUCCCAUUCAUUCAAGUGGGCCUCGGAGCUUACAGCUUUAUCAUUUUUGCCAUGAUAUGUGUUCUCACCACCAUCUACACCUUCCUGGUUGUCCCCGAGACCAAGUCCAAGACCUUCAUAGAAAUCAAUGAGAUCUUCACCAAGAUGAACAAAAUGUCAGAGGUGCACCCAGAAAAGGAGGAGCUAAAGGACUUUCCGCCCUCUACUGCGGGGCAGUAACUCGAGAGGAGGAGCCUGUGAAUCAGGUCUGCGUGGAGCUUCCCUCCUGGGCUAUGAAUCCAGAACUAGGACAAGUCCGGUGUGGAAGGCAGGCCCUGAUGAGACUGUCGUAAGGGCUUCUGUGCAGUUCUUAAAGCCAGGCUGUCUCUUUCCAGGUUGACCCAUCACCAACCCCAAGGCAUGCCGGGCAGCUGUCCCUCAGCCAUGCUGGGUCAGCCAUUGUGUGGCUCCUGGCAACACCGGCUCUUACAAUGAAAGCCAUUACCAUGGUGUUGAGAUGGAAGGAAUCAAACGUGGCCAAAGAAACUAGUUCUUCUCCAAUCCCGUAGUCUUCCGGGGGCCACGGGCCCGUGUUCAGGGUGGAAUCCAUCCUCUUGUCAGAUCCAUCUCCAGAAACACUCGUUUUGAAAAGUAUGAUGUCGUGAGUCAUGAAGUCUAGGAAUCUGGGAAGCAGGUCCCUAUGGAGACUUUAACCAAGUCAGAGAUUAUUGUUCCCAAAUUAUAUUAUUAGAGGACAAUAGAAUUGCCUUUGUAUACUCAAUAAAACAAA